UUAAGUUAAAGGUAUCCCUCCGCUGUCUCGUUUUCAUUCCUACACAAACUAAAUGCUAACUGCUGCCAAAAUAUUUAAAAUGACAGUUUCGUGUCUAAUUAUUUACUUAUGAGGUAAAUAGCCGUGUUACAAAGUAGUUCCAUUCACAGAAUCGCGUUCGGGUCCUGAUCACCCUGUCGGUGCCUAUUUUAGACACCGGAUGUGUGCCCUAUCACGUAAAUAUAGAAUAUCAAAGAAAUGUUCUUCUUGAAGUCACUGUCCGAUAAGAUAGCAGCUUCUGACUUGCAUCUGUCAAACACGUUGAAGGUUUGCAGGAUUUAUGUGCGCUCUUCUCCUACACGUUACGGUAAAGGCUGGACUUUUGUUGUCUGUUCGGGCUGGAGACAGACAGCUGAGCGUGUAACAGCCGUGUGUUCAGAGUUGGAGGUUCAGGCGCGGUACACGGCGUCUCGUCCCGAAACACAAGACGACAACCGAGAAGAGUAACUUGGAUUACUGACAGCAGAUCUGACGCCCAAAAGAAAAUUUGCUAAUGUUUCGUCUCUGUUAGUGCGCAGACCCCAAAACAUUGCAUUUUCCACCUUUAAGCGCAGCAGUCUUCUCGGAGAGGGGCCGCACCUUCAUCAACAUCAUCCAGCGAUCAUGCAGGAGUGAGGAGGCACCCUGCUGUUGAAGCGGAUCUGAAGAUCUACGUGAUCUUCUGAGCGAGAAGCUCCUAAAAGUUUUCAGAGCAAAAGAGAUCAAGGAAGACUGGAAGGCAAAUAAGGAAGGAGGGGCCGGUUGGAUUGGCUGAGGGGGGACGCAGAGGGGCUGGAUGCUAACCUCUAUUCUUUCGAGAAGUUCCCGAGUUCCUCAGAGAUGGCCUCCAACUUCAAUGACAUUGUCAAGCAGGGCUAUGUCCGCAUGCGGAGCAGGAAACUGGGGAUUUAUCGACGCUGCUGGCUGGUGUUUAAGAAGUCGUCCAGUAAAGGUCCUCGCCGACUGGAGAAAUACCCUGAUGAGAAGUCUGCCUACAUCAGAGCUUGUCCUAAGGUAACAGAAAUUAGCAACGUGAAGAACGUGACGCGAUUGCCACGUGACACCAAGCGGCAAGCAGUGGCCAUUGUCUUUACAGAUGACACUUCUCGAACCUUCACUUGUGAAUCAGAGCUGGAGGCCGAAGAGUGGUUCAAAACCUUGUCUAUUGAGUGCCUGGGGAUGCGUUUGAACGACAUCAGUCUCGGAGAACCAGACCUUCUGGCAGCUGGAGUUCAAUGUGAACACACAGAGCGCUUUAACGUAUUCCUGCUCCCCUGCCCCAAUCUUGACAUCUAUGGGGAGUGUAUGAUGCAGAUCACACACGAAAACAUCUACCUGUGGGAUAUUCACAACCCUCGGACCAAGCUAGUAACCUGGCCGCUUUGCUCGUUGCGACGUUACGGGCGGGAUGCUACACGUUUCACUUUUGAGGCUGGCAGGAUGUGUGACAGUGGUGAGGGCCUGUAUACUUUUCAGACACGAGAAGGAGAGCAGAUCUACCAAAGGGUUCAUUCUUCCACUUUAGCUAUAGCUGAGCAGCACAAGAGAGUCCUCAUGGAAAUGGAAAAAAACAGCAAGCUCCUAUCUAAGGGUACAGAGGGAACGUCCUACCCCUGCACCCCCACUGCAAUCUUACCGCGAAGUGCUUUUUGGCACCACAUCACCGGAUCACAGGCUGGCAUGGAUUCUGCCAACGGUGACAUAUAUAGCGAUAGUCAAUCAGGAGUGGACGCUGACCUCUUCUCUAAACGCCUUCCUCCAGAACGCCACUCGACUCUUCCUGUGGGCCACCACUCUACCCAGCCUCAAACGCACUACCCCACGUAUCCCAGCGAGUGAGCAGCGUCACAGUGAAACACUCUUGUUUUUUACCUCUAGAUCGCCCUCCACACUGCACUUUGCCCUAUGUUUUUCCAUCAGCUCUUCAUCACCAGGGGCCAGGGGCCUGAUCCACACUGCCUCAGCCAUCCCUGAGCCCGCCAGUGAUAGUGAGGGCACUUAAUAUGGAACGAGGGAAGGCUCACAGCACUUCGAUUGGACACAGACCCUAAAGAAGACAUGAGAGGUGUAGGGUUCCCAUGGUCUCUUGCCGGGUUUUGUGGGAGUAGGUUUUUAAUACCUUUAAAUAGAUUCUCGUGCACGUACUUCAACCCUAUGCAUGUCCCCUGAGGUAAACAGUUACUAGCUACGGAAGAGUUUAAAAGUCCUGUCGCUGUGGUCUACAUUGAAGGGUGUCUGAGAAACUACACAGACCCAGGUGAGAGCCUCCAGUUUGACCUGUUUUAAGCUUAAACAACUCUUCAAUAGCAGAAGCUUUAAUCGUAAUACUGACUGACAUGACCUACCCAAGACCAGAGGACUCUGAGGAACCAGGAAUUUGGGAAGUGACAUUUCUUACAUUUGUCAGUUAUACUUUAUUUAAAGAGACUUUAAUGGGCGGUUACAAUAUACACUGUCUCUGCAGUCUUACGUAAUGAAGAAAGCCAUCUGGAUGAAAGUGACGGUUAAAUCCUUUCCCUGCUGAUGUCAUCCAUGUGCUUUGUGUUUUAGGAAGAGCAAAGCAACUGUUGUCUAAAAAUGAGCUCAGUCUAUGGUCAACAUUUUCACUUGCUGAGAGAAACAGAAACGAUAAGUAUAUUCAGCUGUGGUGGCUAUGUGACAUCGCUGUUUUAUGAACUAUUUAUUUAUUUAUUUAAAUUUACCAACAAAGCACAAGACAAAUUGAGGUGUGUGGUAGAUUUUCCUUUCUUUCAGCAGUUGUGUAUGUAAAGGGGUUUGUACCAGCUCUGUAAAAGAGGAGGAAAAUAUCUUAAAUAAGGUGGUAGGCCUCACAAUAAAUGCUUCUUGCUUUU